AUAAGGAUGGUAUGUGAAGCUUUGAUAAGCAGCCCCAAUUUUCAUGAGGGUAAGUCUCUUUUCACUCUACAGUGAAAGUAGUACAAUACCAAAUGGUUUUUAAAUUUAUAGCCGUAAGGAAAAUUCGUCGACGAAUUAACUAAUGUUGUAGAUAAAACAGAAUAAGAGAGAGAGAUUCAAAUUAAACGUCAAAAUCCACUAAAAGGAAGACGGGGGACGAGUAACAAAGAGUGUUCUUCGGUGCGGGAACAACCAGGACACCCUUUUUUUGCAUUUUUUCCCCGAGAUCUCCCCUUUACUCCGGAGCAAUUUCACGUCCAUUAUCAGAGUCCGUCUCUAACAUCCGCAUGAUGCCACACCCCCAUGGGGCAGCACUCAGCUCUAUAAACAAGACCUGCGGCAGGUCUCCCUCACACAUCCCCCCGGAUAACAUCCACAUGGAAAUGGAGAGCCAGGCCAAACAGAAUGGCUGCAGCCGGGAGCCACUGGUCGUUAUGUGGCGAAAAUAUGGCUGCAUUCUAGUGUCAUGCUUAGAGUUACUUUGUCUGAUUAUUCAUCCUUUUAAAUCGCAGAUCCUUACCAAAGACUCAGUGACUGUCAGCGUGGAUGGAGUGGUAUACUUCCGGGUCAACUCCCCCAUCGCAUCCGUGACCAACGUGACAAACGCAGAUUUCUCGACGCGCCUUCUGGCUCAGACCACCCUGAGGAACGUGCUGGGCACCAAGAACCUCUCUGAGCUGCUGUCAGACCGGGAGGGCAUCUCACACAGCAUGCAGUCUAACUUGGAUGAGGCAACAGACUCCUGGGGCAUCAAGGUGGAGAGAGUGGAGAUCAAGGAUGUGAAGCUGCCGCAGCAGCUGCAGAGGGCCAUGGCGGCCGAGGCGGAGGCCACGCGGGAGGCCAGGGCCAAGGUGAUUGCGGCAGAGGGUGAGAUGAACGCUUCACGGGCGCUGAAGGAGGCCUCACUGGUUAUUGCUGAGUCACCAUCUGCGCUGCAGCUGCGCUACCUGCAAACUCUCAACACCAUCGCUGCAGAGAAGAACUCCACCAUCAUCUUCCCCCUGCCCAUGGAUAUAAUAGCUCACUUCAUAGACAAGAAAUGAGCACGCCCCUCUGCUUCACCAGCAAAUCAGGAACAGGAAGUCCAUCUGGAUUUGACCAAUCACCAUCAAGUAUAAUUACUUUGAGUGUGUGGACUUUCUCUGGCUGCGGGAUUUCGGUUAUUUAAACAUGAAGGCUUGUCUCAUGAUUAUCUAGACUAGAUUUUUAAUGGAGCUUGGUAUUUGUCGUGAUUUACGAAUUUAAGAGACAAAACUGAAAAUACUCUGCAUUUGUAAAUUAUAUGUGCCUAUGCUGCCCUGCAGAUGAGAAACCACUGUGAAUGUUAAUUUGCUCUUUAUGUAAAAUGAUAUAGUUUUAAGCAUUUUUACUUCUUUUAAUUGAAUUAAAAUGUUGGUAAAUGGGAAUUAAGCCUGUCUUAUAUGCCACUGGAUAUUUAUAACCAAAGAGAUAACUGGCAUGGUUUGAUAAAGAAUGUAAUAAAUUUAUGCUAUAACUAUACAUGA